AUGUCUAACUUCACAGACUAUUCACGGACUGCAGAUCUGACUAUAGGAGUGUUUGGGGUACUCCUGGGAAGUUGCACCAUAGUUGCCAAUACCUUGGUAAUUGCUGUAAUCUCCAAGUUCGAAAAAAGAACAAACUCUGAGCUGAUAUUCCUGAACAUAGCUGUGAUUGAUGUUGUGGGUGGUCUUGAUGCCAUCUUCGCCUUCAAUAUUCUCCUUGCCAAAAGAACCUUCUUCGACUUUUAUUUUAUUGAUGAUGUUAUCUGUCAGAUGCUAGCUAUCACGUGGCGGGUCACCUCAGUGGUAACACCCCUCAUGUUGUCCCUCACGUCUCUGGGACGCUUCCUUGCAGUUUUUACCCCUCACAGGUAUGAGGGGAUGUUCUCUAAAAGGAACGUGAUUUUGUGUCUGGGACUGUUCUGGACCAUCAGCUCGGUUGGGGGCACGAUGCACCUUUACAAACUGGAAAAUACAAGAAUGGAGCCCGCCUGGGGCUACUGCGAUUAUAGAUUGAUAGAGAUGUACACACCAUUUCAAACAAAAGUUAUAGUCACAGCACUGUACACAAUACCUUUAGUAUUCUCUACAGUCCUGCUUGUAUUCUGCAACUCUGCUAUCUGCGUGAAAGUUAGUUUCAGUUAA